AUGUGGUUUCCAGUUAUGAGAGGUAAGCACACUGGAUUACACAGCUAAGAGUAUCUACUUGUCUGAUUUGCAGUAGCGUAGAGUUUAUUGGAAAUGGUGUGUGGACAUUAUCAUGGCAUGGUCAAACCGUGUCAGUUCAUUGUUGUGGUGGAAGUAUUGGCCUGGCAGUUCGGUUUGAUAAAAGUGAACAGAAUAAUGAGCAUUAUUGUAGAAAUGAAAUGAGUUUGGUAGGAAAUGGAACGAUGGACACAAUCACUGAGUCAUUUUUGGAUGACUCAGCAAAGUGAUAGAAAAAUUUAAGCAAUUUCAACGAUGGUCAAAAUUUUAUGAAAUUCCGAUGAUUUCUUGACUGAAACUUUGCGCUCUUUCCAGGUGAGUCUCAGUUAAUCGGAUCAACAGAGACGGUAGUCGGAUUAGCCGGACAUCACUGUGUUCUGCCGUGCAGCCUGAAGCCUGCAACAAAUGUUGCUGAGAAGACCGUCGAGUGGACACGAUCAGAUCUGAAUCCCAGUUAUGUGCAUAUUUUCCGUCAAGGGAGGUUGUUGUAUGACGAUGUGAACCCAUCCUUCCUGCAGAGGACCAAUUUGUUUGAACAGGAACUGAGGAACGGCAACAUGUCCUUAAAACUCAGUGACCUGAAAAUCUCUGACACAGGGAUGUACACGUGCAAACUCAUCACCAUGUCGGAAUCUUUUAUACAAGUCUCCGUUGGUAAGCUUGCUGAUAAGCGUCACAGUGAUUUAUCACAAAGAUUACUCUGGUUCAUUAACAAAUUCUGACUUAACAUAUUGUAGUUUUUAUUUUUCUCCCGCUAAGUCAUAGGUGCUGUGUCUGAGCCACAAAUCUCACUCGAGAGAUACAAGGACAAACUCGUUUUUAAGUGUGAAGCCAGGAACUGGUACCCAGAGCCUAAGAUGGAGUGGAGGGACAGCGAAGGACGCAUCAUUCCUCAUGAGGACAGGAUCGAACGUGGUGAAUACUUCUCGGUCUACAGCCGGAUAACAGUGGACAUCGCAGCCAGUGAAAAUUACACAUGUACAGUUCGACAAAAGGACAUCAGAGAGACAAGAGAGAUCGUCAUCAGUCCUCCAGGUGAAAAAAGCGCAAAUACAACUUAUGUUAAAAAAAAAAAGGGACAAGGUCAAAAAAUGAAUACUGGAUGACCAUAAUCCUUAGAUCCCUGGAUUAACAGCAGACAUGGAAAUCACAGCAGGGGCUCAGAAUCACUCACUUAAAGCCGACAACGUCUCAGGGCCGAAGGUCAUGAAAAACGGACUGAGGCAAAGUGGAAGUCAAAAUUUCACUUUCUAUUUGGAAAUCAUGGACUCUGCAUCCUUCUCCCUAAAUCAGAGAGACUGCAGUAGGGUUUAUCAAAUUCAGUUUUUACAAACAUUUUUACAGUGUAUUUAGGGUUAAAAACACCGUCAAUACUAGUUUGUGAAAUUCAACAGUACUGUGGAACGGUUCUGCUGAUCCGUUCUCUGAUUUUUCAGAAGUCUUCAGGGAAGUGGCUACCAUGAAAAUUUCACUCUCCAAUCUCAUUGGCUGGCUCAUCGUGAUGGUGCUGCUGUUUCUGUUUGCAUUGAUUAUGGGGGCUCUGAUGUUGACGUGGGGUAAGUUAUUUAGCUUCUGAAUAUGACCAAUUUCUAGAAUACUGUUUUUAAUCUGAUAACUCAUUUCACAUUUCUUCACACCUCCAGCUGGGAGAAAUCUGACCCGUAAAAUAGGUAACUGAUAUUUUCAACUUUUAAUACUUUUCAUCUCUGCUUCUACUUUUGGGGUUUAGGGAGAGGAUUCUGGACCGUCACAGAUGAAUGUUGAAUUAGUGAAUGUGCAUGUAAAGUGAUUGUUCAAAUAUUUAUCAUAAUGCUGAAUCUAGUUUGAACUACAAAAGUAAGAUUUUUGUGAACAAUGCACCGUAACUUUUUGUCAAUAAGCUAAUAUUUUCUUUUACAGUUGCAGUUCAAAACACUAGACAACCACGAGAAAAUGGUAGGUAGUACUUUACUCACAACAUUGAGUAGCUUUGUCGCAGUUACCCAAGAUCAAACUCUAACUAAGAACUGGAUAUCCACCAUUGAAGGACAGGAGGGGACAAAUACAGACGAAAGUUUGGAUAUCAGUAACUUUUUUUCUAGAUGAUGGUCAGGGCUUGUCAAUCAGAGGUUUUAAUGGCCAAGAUUAAGAUCCCUAACUUAACUGUUCAACUUUCAAUGGGGCCAUAAUGGUCAAAAUUAGCAUCAUGUUGUGUUGAAACUAAAGAUUGUUAUUAUAAACUCGUUGGAUGAAUGAUAAUUGACGUAACUAAUCAACUCAGAAGAUGUUGGGUUUGAUUUUCGGCAAUCCUUCACCAGCUUAAGGAUUCAAAUAAAGAGACCACGUCUACUUACUUUUUUACACUGUCGAUUAGAGGGAGUUAUAACACUAAUUGAUCAAGCCAACACUUUGAUCAGUAACCAUGCGACCCUUCUUGUUAAGGAUCACUGUCACUGAGCCAACUACAAGGAGAAGACAGAGUGGAAGAGGGUAAGCCGAGUUUUGUUGAGAACAGGUAGGUGUUUGUGUUACCCAGAGAUCUGAUGGUUUAUGAAAGAACUUGAAGACGACCUGUGAAACAACAUCAUCUUCUGCAAAUAUAAAGAGGACUAAACAACCGGAACAUCACCAUUUGGAUUGUGGUCCACCACACCAUCCAAGUCUUGGUAGUGGGAACCACAGGAGACCAUAUUUGGGGAAGCAGGUGGGGUUGGGUCGCUAGAGGUACCCAGGUUGGUAGUGGCUUGUUGGCCAGUCCCAACAUUAAGUUAAAACUUGUUAUCCUUGAGUGGGGCCAUAAAUCAAGAACUACAUCCUGAUGUUUUGAAGAAGAUUUGAAACCGGAUGAGACCACAAGCUUAAACAAAUCUUAACCCUUUGUGGGCCUCAUUUGUCUAUGUUUAGCCCACCACAGCAUAUCUCACUCAUUUAGGGUCAUAUUUGUUGGGUCCAAAAGUGGUUUUGGCCUUUGGUAACUUAGAUCUAUGAUCUCUGGGGGACUGAGGAUACUCGAGGCACCUAAAGGAAUUAGCUUCACCUACAUUUAGCAAUUCUGCACAACUUCUAAACUAAAGAAAUUCACCGUUUUCCCUUCACAGUUGAAACUGAUGGACCCAUUGAUCCUCUCAUGGAGCAACCAGAGAGACAAAACGACAACCUUCAAAGACAAGUUGAACUUCUGCAACAACAAAUUGAUGAUUUGACUGAAGAAAACGGCCGUCUCAGAGAGGAAGUUCAAAAACUAAAGAGACAAAUUCAAGACCUCAGAGAGGUUGACAGUGACGGUGAUCUAUAA